UUUGACACCUCAAAGCAGUACAAAAGAGAAAUUGUCGUAAAGAAGGAAGAUAAACAAACAAAAGUGCUGCUGCUUUUCUCAUCGAAAUGGAUCGUUUGGAACCCUCCACGCAGGACGACCGCAGGCUUUGGCUUGGGAAUCUGGACAGUCGAAUCACCGAGUAUCAAUUACUGAAAAUCGUGCAAAAAUACGGCAAAAUCGAAAAGUUCGACAUGCUGUUCCAUCGCUCCGGGCCGCUAGCGGGCUAUCCGAGGGGGUACGCCUUCGUUACGUAUGAGAACCACCGAGACUCGGAAUCCGCACUGCACCGGCUGGAUGGGAAGCUGGUCGGGGAGAAAACGAUCGUCGUCCGGUGGGCGAAACACGUCAACCGGGAGGAAAAUGAUCGAUCCAAGCCCAAAAUCGAGAUUCCCUGUCUGGCGGGCGGGUCGAAGGGUGGCUCCAAUGGUCCGCUAAGCCAGCAGACCAAAAUUCAAGCCCUGGAAGCGAAGCUGAAAAUGUUGGAAAGUCGAUCGGACGAUCUGGUGAUCAACAGAUCGACUACCGCGGAGCGGCCCAUCAUCGAGCGGUACCAGUACAACAUCCAUCAACCACAGCGGAUGGAUCCGAAGACGAAGCGACCGCUCCAUGAGGGCGGCAGCAGGGGCCGCGGCGGUCGUGGCGGCAACCGGAGCGCACCGUACAGGCACACCAACCGCCAUAAAUAGUCGCGGGCGCGGACUGGACGAUCUCACACCUCCCAUCGGCGAAUACUCAUAACUUUACAACAUGUAUUGCUAGCUUUAAACCUGUCGGACCGACCGACAAGAACAAAGAUUCAUCAAUAUAGAAGCUAAA